CCUCUCUCAAAACUCAUGCCCGCUCCAGGCUUACACAGCUUCAGAGUAUAUCAAACCUCUAUAAAAAGACAAUACCUCCGUCUUUGAUAUAUCAGCUUCAUUGCUCGUCUAUCCACAUAUUCCAGAUACCAUCACCAGUUUAGUCAUGACUUUAAGCAAAGAAACGCAGGAAGAGAUAACCAACCGCGUAAACGGCCACUCCAAGGCUAACAAUACCAACACGGCAACACCCUAUCCAAGUCCUCCAAAUUCGCCGCCUCAAUCGGAACCAAGUUGUUCCAAAUCCCGGGGAGAAACCGAAGAUAAGCGACGUCCAUCUGGAACCACUACUUCCCUACCCGUUACUCCUCCAACAAGUCUUAAUCAACACCCUCCAAAAUCCACACUUAAAGACCAGAAACCCGUAGAGAACAGAAAACGGCUAGAUGCUUCAGCCUUAAAACGUGAUCUGGGUCUGCGCGCCGGGAAAUGCGGAGGUCUUACGCGAGCGGACGCGCCUUGUAAGUCCUCCGUACGAUCUCGGAACAAAGACCAGAUCGACUCCCAAAUCGACUCGAUGACCACACUCACACAGUCAUCUCCAGAACUAGACACCGAGCUAGAUAAGCUGGUCAUGCUUGUACAUUGUCAUUGGCAUAACUGUAACAACCCAAAAUGGACCCGGAUUAAAGAUUGGAAAGCGAAAUUUCCUAUCGGGGAUGGCAAACCAGUUGAGUCGGUUGAAAAGCGCAUCAAAAGAGCUUUAGGCCAAGUUUCUGCGAAGUGUGCCGGGACAACAGCGCAACGUGAACCUUGCCAACGGCGUAUUGGGGGUCAAAAGGUUCAAAAUUGUACAAAAACAAUUGAUGAAAUCCUCCAGCCAGAAGUCUAUCUAGACGACACCUAUCUUGAGGCUCUUCUCAAGGUUCUCCAGGCGAAUAUGUACUGUCAUCUCCAUGUUGGUAACCGACCUCCCGAAAAGGUGGCAUCAUGGAAAUCAGAUAUCCUGGAGAUCCGUAAACAGGCCGAUGUGGAGUUGGUGCAGUCCAUUGAAAGCGACACGACAGAGGGGGUAGAAAGCCAAACUCGAGAUCCAAUCAGUAAAGAUCCUAGAAGUCUUUCGACUAAAACUAGUAAUGACCCGACCUCGCGAAAUCGAAGUUUUCAAACUCGAGGAAACUCGCGGUCGUUAUCUUCAGAUUUCACUCGAGAUCCAGCCACAUUUUGGCCGGCGGCUUAUGACACCACCCCCUUCGAAAUUGUCUCGAGGAUCGAUAAACUAGCUGAUUACAAGUCUUCAUAUAAGCUAGUCCAAAACAUAAUGAAGAGACCUCUGGACGACGUAGACCAGAAAGACGGUUAUGUCUACAUGUACGAGGUUGAAGGAAACAAAGGAUUUGUCAAAAUUGGAUAUACCGGUCGUUCCAUUGAGAUCCGCCAUGAGGAGUGGACUUUUGAUUGCAACAGGAAAACCAAACCCCUGUAUCCCAUCAAGCCUAACUCUGUCAUGCUCGUUCCCCAUGCUCGCCGCAUCGAGGCUUUAUGUCACGCCGAGCUAAACCAUCAUAACAUCGAAAUGUACUGUCGUGGUUGCUUAAAAAAUCACCUUGAAUGGUUCAAGAUUUCCCCCGAGGAGGCAAUUUCAGUUAUUGAGAAGUGGACCAAGUGGAUGAAAACUCGUCCAUAUCAACCCACGCAGCUGAGGUCUGGGGAGAAAUGGUCCCUCACAGAAACGGAGAGGCACCGAAGUCUCAAUAUCGAUCAGUUUAUGAAGGAAAUUUCAGUUUAUGAAGGAAAUUUCACCAGCCACUAAAUCAGGGGUGGCUUCAGCGUCCAUUCUUGAAGGAGCGGAGACUGUGCUUCGCAAUGUUUCAGUAUCUAACACGUGAA